UCACAGAGGGAGACCGGGUGGAGAUGGAAAUGUUAAAUGAAAGACCAUAUAGACGACGUCGAUGCUGGACAAGAGGAUGCCAGUUGACAGCAGUCACGACCCUGUGCUUCAUGUUCAUUUGGUCCGUGUUCCUGGCAAUUACCCUUGUGAUUAUAAAUAAUAUCUGCACAGGCAACCCCUGCGACCCGCACUGCCCCAGCAUCUACCGACGACAACCAAACAUAACAUGCUCAGGACAAGCCACCCUAGUGCCAGAAGCAAGAGUGGGGAAAAUCACCAGAAGAAAGCGAAGCACUUUCUGUAUAAGAUGUACAGACUUAGCCGGCGCCAGAAAAUAUGAAAAGAAUCCCUGCAGCCAGACUACAACGUUGAGUAAGACCGAAGAUCUAUACUUAUGUUAUAACAAGACCAGCUUCUCUUCAACAGUAUGGAUCCCGCUAAACUCGUUUCAUAUCGGAGGUUAUCGAGGUGACGAGUGGAGUGGAUACGAAUGGUAUCUGUCAAGUAACGACUGGAACCAGAACUGGGAUACCGUAUUCACCUACACUGGCAACGACUGGACGCCCUAUGGGACAGACUCCUUAGACCAGUCAGCAAAAAAUUGGUCUAGAACCAUGAAUAUGACCAGAACAUCAACUCAUCUUGUACUGAAUUUCCACACGGAGAGAUUCCCACUAGCAGCAACCCCAAAGAAUGUGGCAUAUCAUAAAACCAUGCAGUGCUGUGACGAGGACAAAUCUCCAUGCUAUCAUCUAACACUGUUUGUAUACAGAGAACACGCAUCUGAUCCACAUACCUACUUGUCAAUAUGCAGCAACAUCACAAAUACCGGAACCAAUACCUUAACAAAAGAAACCAAGGAUAUCCCUGCGUUAACAGUGGGACCCCACACAUAUAAGACGAAGGUGGCGAUUGUGGGGCCCGAAUUGGAAGCAGACGACUGGUUCAAAAUAACCACAGGCAUUUCUGGACAUUCAAACAACUGGCUUCUGUUGGCAGAACAGGCAGCCCAGGAUGCAAAUGAUGACUGUGUGGUCUGCCUGGGACCCCGCCCAACGCUGAGGAUAGUACCAGCGCCAGUAGAAGACCAUUGUUUAAUUGCAGUAAUGAACUGGACUAACAUACCUGAACCUAACUGCACAAAAUGGGACCGAACCUUCCCAAUCACUGGACAGGAAAAGAAGAAACCUAUUUUCAACAAUAAGGUGACGUCAGCAAACCACACCUGCAUUAACAUGACUGGCUCAGGAGAGCGAAUUGGACGACUGAAUUCAUCAAACUGCCUGACCAUAACAAAGACAUGACUGUAAAAAGUUAUGGGAUCUCUUUGAGAAGGCCUAUGUGAACAAGGAUCCAUGUAAAGUUCCAGUGGAAGCAUAUAAUCCCCUGAUUGCUGCAGCCCCCUUCAAACCUCAGUGCAA